CCUAGCCAUUCACUCAUCCACUCUUAACUUGUUGGAUUGGAUAUCUGCAUUUCCACCCUCUGGAUUACUGAGUUUCUUUGCGCAGAGAAUAUGAAAGGAUUCCACGAAUUAAAUUAGCUUUAAGGGCGUAACAUUGUUAGUUCCAUCAUUCUUUCCAAACAAUAAUUUGAUGCGUAUCGAUUAUUUGCUUUUCACAAGUUCGCGUGUGGGUAUUUAUUCCAUAUAUUUUUCGUGAGUAAAGUAAAUUAUCACAACGAUACCUAUUUUUCACCGGAUGAUAAUGGUUAUUCCUAUUCUCUGACCUCUAUUGAACAUAGCCUACUAUCCAUCACCAAGACUGUUGCGUUCUUCCAGAGACAACACACGGUGCAGGCUACUCAUCGGAUGACAGUCCGCUGCAAUCCGUAGCCUAUCAAGUGCCUUCUUUUAUUUUCGGCAAUGCAAUAACGUUUUGCCGUGCCUUUAACCGUGGUAAAACUCAAGAGCAAUAACGCAAGUUGAGGAAACGAACAAUGUAACACCCACCGUGUCCGACAGAGUUUGAUGGAGAGCUGGUCGGAUGACAGCUGGAACUGUUGUCAUAACCGGAGGAAUUCUCGCCACGGUGAUACUCUUGUGUAUCAUAGCAGUGCUCUGUUACUGUAGACUCCAGUAUUACUGCUGUAAGAAGAAUGGGUCAGAAGGGGAUACCAGCUCCGUCACGCAGCCCCACUUUGCCUGCAACGCAUGCAGUGCUCCCGGGGUGGACGGGACGGCCGUCACUCCCCUCUCCCUCUCCCCGGAACUCCCUGCCUCCCACGCCACGGGCCCCCCACGUAACUACUGCCCCACCUGUUCGCCCUACGAAUCACCCUUCUAUAUCCGAACCACCGACGAGAUGCACAAUGGCGGCGAGCGCAUCACCUACAUGCCCACGCACUAUGAGAACCCAGCCCUGGCUCUCGCCCUGCCCUCCCUGCAUGGCUCCCUGCUGAGCACCAGCCAGCAUCGCAGCAACCCAGCACCGGACUUCUACACCAACACUCGCGCUAUAAGUACAGACGUGUGACCCACUUCCGAUGUCCUGUUGGCUCAUUUGGUUGGAGCGUGGUGUUUUCUACUGCAGGGUUGUGAGCUCAAUCCCUGCAUAGGCCAUGCACUGUACACAGAACAUUUGUUUAUUAUUGCUUUGGAUAAAAGAGACUGUUUUUAUGAGGGUAAUCUCUGGUAGCCACUGUGUCUCUUUGCUGACAACUAAAGAGAAGAGGAUGAAAAAGGAGCAUUGAGAGACAACAUGAAGCGUUGACCCUUUGACCUGGUCAUGCACUUCCUUGUUCUUUCUCCCUACACUGUGUCAGCUAGCUUCCUGCUGGAUUUGAGCACACUCAAACAGUAUUGUUUUUUAAACAGAGGUAGCUAUUAGGUUUGUUGCUGUUUAAUUAAAAACUAAACAAUUUCUUGUAAUACAGAGGCAGGGAGCAUCCCUUAGUGUUCAAUAUACCAAGACCUAUACGCUGUCUGGCGAUGUAGUGUGUGGGAAUCUAAUCUUCACUGUUCGAGGGCUAUCGAUAUCGUGGUUUUACCUGGACCUACUCUUGUCAUUUCCCUGUAUCUGCCAAAAGAGAUUCUGAACUACAAAUAAAAGCAAAUUGCAUUUUCAAGUGAAGGUAUUCAGAAGAAACGUAGCAAAAAUAGUGAAGAGACCCUAACUCCUUCAGAGCUUUCUCUAUGCAAGUUCUAUGCACGCAAAACCCGAAUUGGUUGGAGAGAAAAGUAUAACAUGCAGCUGUCCAGCUUGUAUGUUUUUUUCCCUCCAAAUGUUUGUCAUAUGUAACUGGAACUAUUGAAAGACUGUUGUCUAUUGUUUUAUGUUAUUGAAAGAGGUAUGCAGCCUACCAUGGCUACUUUUGAGACAAUGGAAUUUGAUCACAUAAUAUAAUAACUAGAAUAUUACAGUUUAAAGAUAGUUUUCAAGUCAGGACAGGGGCAUUUUGUAAGUGGGUGAUGCAGUAUUGCAGUUAGUGAUGAUUUGUCUGUCUCUGCACCUGUGUCAUUAAGUGGACUACCAUUCUUUGUGUAGAACACUGAAGCUACAGUACAGUUCAAAUUGUAUUUCUCUUCAUUGACAAUGAUGCAAAAAGUUGGAAAUGUAUAUAUUACCAAAUGCAUUGAAAGCAUUUCUAUUUGUUUGUCUCUUUGAUUAACUGGCUGACUUUUUGGAUUCGGUCAUGAUGCAUUUUGAAUUGGGGUGUGUAAGUCUGGUAUGAUUUAGAUGUAGUUUGUGCCAUUUGGAGUCCGCACUCUUCUGAUCAUCUAAUUGUUGAUUCUAUGAACUGUACACAUCCAUGUAUUUACACAUUUCAGUGUUUAUUUCAUCUUAUGAAGAACUUGAAUUACAAUAUUUAUGUAAUUGGUAACUAAAUACAUAAUUAUUAACCUUGUUAUAUGUCACUAAUUUUUAACCAAUUAUUAGACAACAUUGCUUUGCCAUGUAGGAUAUUAUUUUGCCCUGGUGUCUUAUGUUUUAGUGUGAAACAGCAAAAAAAAUGACAGACAUGUAUGAUAGGGGUGAUACUAAUUUUACUAUAGGUUUCUUAAAGCACCUCCAUCAGCUACUUCUGUAUAGAGCUGAAAAGCCCUAUCAUACCUGUGACAACAGCAAUGCUCAUAUGGAUACAACGAUACCAACAUAAACAUACGUGUCUAUUAAGUCCUUACACUUUUGAUUAGAUGUUACAGAUUUUUUUCCACCAGUUCAAGGCUUGUACUUGUAUUUUUGUCCAACAUUAAAUAAAGGAAUGCAUAUAUUGGAAAAAAAUGCUGUAAGAUGUAGAUUGAAGAAGGAAGCUGUUAUAAAAUGAUUGUCCAUGAAAAAGCAGUUGUGUGUUAGGGCGUUGUUUCUAGUGUUUAUUUGCUCUUUAAAAAGGGGUGAAAAAUGUGUGUCUGUUCAAAAGCUUCAAUAAAUCUGUCAAUUUAAAUCCGAAGAAAGACAAAACAUUUCAAUUGAGAAUAUCUACCUAAUUACAUGCCCCAUAAGAAUACAUUUUCAUAUUUAAUUCCUGUUGGUUUAGUUUAUUCAUAAAAUAACUAACAUUUAAAAAAAUACUAUGAAAUAUUAAAAGAGAAAAAAAUAUAUACAUAUCUCACAUUGUUACCUUGUGACA